AUGGCCACGUCUACUCUGGGCAAGCUAGAUACUCUGUGCCAUCGUCUGCUUGACUCAGCUCAAUUGCGAACGCACAAAUAUUUCCGAGUGGCCGUCCCACAAGCGUUAACAGGACAGAGUUUGGUGGCUGUAGUCGGUGAGAAAGGUCACGCCGAGGACGAGACUGAGGCCACACAUUUGGCCACUCUUCUACUACAAUAUGGAUAUCUGUUCCCGGUGAUCGAGCACGCGCAAAUCGUUCGCGACGAUGGUACCCUUUACCGAUUACAACGACCGUACUUUUGGCCGUCACACUCCACACAAACGGACAACGUCGAGUAUGCCAUCUAUUUGAACAAACGCUUGCUGAGAAAUGAGCAACGACAUGGACUUGAAGAAGAUGAGAUUGAUGCCUACAACAAGCUGGCUGAGUUACUCGCUCAUAUGUGGGGCUUUAUCACAGCUCAAGCCGAACUUCAACUCAAACAACAAAAGGAAAAGAAAAAAGCGGACAAGGUCGUUUAUGACAGCGAGGAACGGGCUUUUUGGCGAAUGAGAAGACCAGGAACAGCGAAUUGUUUAGAGCAACACGUGCAGAAAGUGGAACGACGUUUGCGAAAAGCCACUGCGGCCGGUUACCGAAAUCUCGUGGAACGCUUGAAAUUCUCGAUCAAGACGAAACCCUGGCUGAAAGCGUUGAAAGCGUCGGACACAAUGGUCCAAUGGGUCGACCAGCUGCAUGACUACGAUCCACUACUAGCCCAGCCGCAACCCUCGAAUCCGUGGAUCACUGAUGAUACACAAUUGUGGACAUUGAAUACGGAUGCAGUCGAAGUGCCCACGGAGCGACGGGUGAAACGAUGGGGUUUAUCAGUGCAAGAAUUGGUCAAAGAUCCGAUUGGGAGACAGGUCCUUGAAACAUUCUUGGAAAGCGAAUUCUCCUCGGAAAACAUUCGCUUCUGGAUCGCGAUCCAGGAUCUCAAAUACUCGGCAAAUGCCGAAAUCGAGUCCAAAGCUGAACGCAUCUAUGAAGAGUUUUUAGGGCCUGGAGCGCCGUGUCAGGUAAAUGUCGACCAGCGAACCCUGGAGAAAACGAUGGAGUUGCUGAAUUCGGGGAAUCCGAGGAGACACGCGUUUACGUAUUCGGAAGAGCAUGUGUUCACGUUGAUGAAUAAGGAUUCGUAUCCGAGAUUCGUCAAAUCAGCUAUUUACAAGGGUGUCCUGUCCGCUGCUCAACAGCAGGGUUCUCGUCGAUUGGGCUGGCGAAAUUUCGUCUUUAACAUGGGCGCCGCUAAAAAGCCACUUGACCUUGGCCUCUUCAGGCAGCAGGCAACCCAAGAUGAGUCGGGA